GCUAAAGCAUUCAACCCAUUUCUGAUUUCAUGUCUUCCAAGUGGAGUGCUGAUGGUUGCCGAGUGGAGGAUGGCGCACUCUUGGCAGGUGGCUUCGAUGUGUGGAUAAAGGAGAAUCCUCAAGCCAGGCAUACAAUGAAAUCAAGAAAUGUGGCAAAUGCGGCAAAGCCUGUGCAGUGACAAUGACACUCUGCAAUGGGUGUGGAGCGUCAUUGGCUGAAGUCCCUGUGUCCAAGAGUCCAAACCUCUUUAUGGCGUUCAUUUAUGGGGUGGAGAAGGUUUCAGCUACCGGCUUUCCUUUGAAGAUCUCAAUGCGCCUGGAGACAAGGGACAUCAUGGUGUUUGAUGAUCCACUGGCCAUUACCCGCGCUCAUGUUCUUUCUGUGCCGACAAACGUAUACUGUCCUGACGUUAGACAUCUCUUUUGCGACCCUGGCCCAGCCCUAGCCCUAUUGGACAAAAUGGAGGAGUCUGCCUGGACUGCAUUGGCACAGGGUCCUUUGGCGUCUGCCGAAUGGAGGAAAAAAGCUUUGUCGGCAGCGGGAUAUGAGAUGCCACUAGAAGCUCUACGUGAACAUGUCAUAAUGGCUUUCAACCUGCCUCCUUCGCAAUACCAGCUGCAUCUCCAAUUUAUGCUUCCACCUUUGUUGCCCUCUCAUUUGGGCGUUUUUAGAAGUGGUGCCCAUUUUGUGCACUUGCGACACUUUCCCUUGGCUUAUGUCAGAGAAGCCCUGAAGAAAAUGCAAGCAGCUGGCUUGGCCUUUCCUGACGCUUCAAACCUGACUGCUCCAGAGCUGGUGCAGCGAAUCUCCUCGACGUUUUCUGAGAUUGAUUACAGCAGAGCUCACGGUGUGGACAUGGAGCGCCUGGAGAAGAGCAAUGCGCUCCUGGCAAACUAUGAUCCGGCAGACUUUACCCAUGCAGUGAAAGGAGAUGAAGUCACUGAUAAGCACACCUUAAAGAAAAUUGAGGGCCUUUCCGCUAAAGAGCUGGAUGCUGCUGACAAGCUGUCCCUCCAGGGAUACGGCCGUCCUUAUGUUGGUGGCAAGCCAGGUGGUGUGUAUUAUUCAUACGCUCGUUCACCAGAGCCUUUGCCAUCCUUGGCCUCGAAAUCAAGCGCCUGUGGCGCAUGUGAUAUUGGCAUUUGUACUGUUGCUUGAGUUUCAUGGU